UUUUGGCGCCCGCGCCUCAUUGGUCGGAGCGGCAGCGCCGUGCGUCAACCGUCCUCGGCUGGCUGGCGCGGCCGCGGUGGGUGUGAGGCCACCGCGGAUUGGUCGGCGGCGCGGCGGAGAGAGGCGCGCGCGGGCAGUCAGUCUGUCGGUCUGUCCAGUCACCCAUCCACCCAUCCGUUCGGGAGCCAUGAACUGUCUGACCGUGCCCGGCGUCCACCCUGGCUCUCCCAGCCGCCCCCGCGGGCAGAUACAGGUGAUCUUCGGCCCCAUGUUCUCCGGGAAGAGCACGGAGCUCAUGCGGCGGGUGCGGCGGUUCCAGCUCGCUCAGUACCAGUGCUUGCUGGUGAAGUAUGCCAAGGACAUACGAUAUGGUACCGCUGGUGUCUGCACACACGACAGGAGUACCAUGGAGGCCCUGACAGCCUGUCUCCUCAAGGAUGUGUACCAGGAGGCGCUGGGCUCUGCUGUCAUCGGCAUUGAUGAGGGACAGUUUUUUCCAGACAUUGUGGAAUUCUGUGAGAUGAUGGCCAAUGCUGGGAAAACUGUCAUUGUUGCUGCUCUUGAUGGGACUUUCCAGAGAAAGGCUUUUGGAAGCAUCCUGAAUCUGGUGCCACUGGCUGAGAGCGUGGUGAAACUGAACGCCGUGUGCAUGGAGUGCUACCGAGAAGCCUCCUACACAAAGAGGCUGGGAGCAGAGAGGGAGGUUGAAGUGAUUGGAGGAGCAGACAAGUACCACUCCGUCUGCCGAGCCUGCUACUUCCACAAGCGACCUCAGCAGCUUGGGUCGGAAAACAAGGAGAACAUUCCCCUGGGGGUGAAGCAGGUGGACGUGACAGCCUCCCGGAAGAUCUUAGCUUCUUGACUGCUGGGCUUCCACAUGGGGAAAAUGGAGUGGAAGGAAGCUGAAUGUUGUGAUUCCCAGAUGGCGUAUCUGGCUUCCUCUGCUCUUAGCAAAACUGUUGUUUUAGCUCUACCUGCCAAACCAAGCCACUGUUCCUCUGCACCAAGCACAAGGGAAAAGAAGGAUCAUCUGGAUCUGGUGCUGUGGAAGAACUGGAUCCUGACUAAAAGUUAGUUCCUUUCUCAGAUCACAGGAAAGGGACAGAUGUAGUUGCUGAUGCUGACAUUCAAGUCCUGAGAACUGUCACACCAUCUUUGUGUGGCUUUCAUCUCUUGCCACAGUUUUGGUCUGCUCUGGUCUUCUGCUUCUGGUUCAGAGCAGCACGGAUGAUUGGUUCAGUUACUGUUUCUUUCCCUCUUCUGAGCUGUUGCUAAAUCGAAGGUUUCUUAAGACAGUGUAACUUAGUAUUUUAAACCAACUUCCUUUUUUAAUGCACAACCUCUCCCUUGUGAGAGCUUUGGCACAACUUCUAACUGACAUCCAUCGAGGCAGCUUGCCCCUUGACUGUCCCUGGCAUGUCCUUUAGCUGUUAUACUCACUUUUGUCUUGUAAAUUGCUUUUGAAACGUUUGGGGGGGUGGGGAGGGAAGAGGGAGAUGAAAGAGAGGCUUCACUUGAUCAGCCCAACCACAGGCUCUUGCUAGCUUUUGAUCUGUAAGAGGGAUAACAGCAGCAGUCUGUGUAUUAAGAUAGAGUCUUUCUGGGAGAACUAAACUUCACUCUGGGAAUAUCCUGUCCUCCAAAAUCAGGACGAUUUUUCCCAGGUCCAAGCUUGGUGCUACCACUUCAGUGCUUAGUUACAUGGGAAGGGUUUAGAGGCUCAAAACUUAAGAUGUAAAAGUUUGCACUGUUUAUGGGAAGAUCCAGCUACCUGGAAAAGGCUUUGAGUGGGUGGUUCUCAAGUUGUCAUGUAUCUUGCUCCUGCCCUAGCCUUCUAAAACUUCCCAAAGGUUGACUCUUCCUUUACUGCAAGUUGACUGAAGUAUCCUCUUCUCCCUUUGCUUAACUUGGCUUCUGGAAAGCUGUGGGCUUUUUUCCCCUGCUCCUUGAAAAAAGGCUGUGCACUGCAAGCCAGCGUUCACAAGCUCAGAGCAGUUCUGGCCAGGUGAAGUAUCCAGGUGCAAAUGCAGUGCUUACUGUUUUCCUAGGCCGCCUAGCUCAGAGAAGGCACCUCCCUAGAAGGUCACAAGAGCUGCCUGCAAUCUCUGCUCCCCUGACGUUAGUGGGAGUGACAACAGUUGUAGUACACACAAGCGCUUCACUGCCAGGGCUGGGCUUUCCCCCUGAGGACAGACAGCAGCAUUGCUACUGGUUUAGGUCAAUAAAUAAUAAGAUUCUA